AUGAGAUCGUCACUGACCGAUCAAACAGCGACACUCGGGUACAAGCAGGAAUUACGACGCCAUUAUUCGACCCUCCAGAUCUUUGCUGUCGCUUUUAGUAUCAUGGGGCUUUUGCCUUCCAUUGCAUCCACGUUAUCGUUUUCAAUGCCCGCUGGUCCUGUGGGAAUGGUUUGGGUAACAUUGUGCAGGCUGAAAUGA